AUGUAUCGUCCAUACAAGCCCCAUGUUGCCACCAGGCUGGUCGGCCUCCUCAUGAUGGCCCUUCUAGCUGCACCUGCCUCGGCCGUCAACGGCAAGGCCUCCUUCUACGGAGGCAACCUGGCCGGCGGCAACUGCCUGUUGACGUCGUACACGCUCCCCGCCGGCAUAUUUGGCACGGCUAUUGCCGGUCCUAACUACGAGAGCUCCGGCAUGUGCGGCGUCUGCCUCAACGUCAAAGGACCCAAAGGCAGCAUGAAGGUCAUGGUCGUCGACAGUUGCCCGGGCUGCCCAACCAACCAGCUCGACCUGUUCCAAAACGGCUUCCCCAACAUCGGCGACCGAAACGCCGGCGUUGUGCCAGUCAGCUGGGACGUGACUCCCUGCGGCAUCAAGGAGCCGCUGAAGGUGCGCAACAAGGACGGCACGUCGCGCUUCUGGUUCGCCAUGCAGGUCUUCAACAGCGACAAGAAGGUGACGGCGCUCGACGUCAGCACCGACGGCGGCAGGACCUGGCAGCCCACGGCCCGGCGCGACUACAACUUCUUCGAGAAGCCCGGCGGGGGCGGCGGCUUCGGCGCCGACGCCGUCACGGUCAGGGUCACCUGCGCCGGAGGGGGGACGGUCACGAUGCAGAACGUUGGCAUGACGAGCGGGGCGACGUUUACGGCAGCUGGGAACUGCUAAGUGUCUCCUGAGAUGUGUGUUUUUUGUAUUAUGACUUUAUGCUAGCUAGCA